AUGUCGUCAAAGGGAAAGAAGCCGGCUACCAAGCCCCAGCGAUCCGCCAUCGCCGACGUGGUUGCUCGCGAGUACACCAUCCACAUGCACAAGAGGCUGCAUGGCGUCACCUUCAAGAAGAGAGCCCCCCGCGCCGUCAAGGAGAUCAAGAAAUUCGCACACCAGGCCAUGGGUACCACUGACGUCCGCCUGGACCCCCAGCUGAACAAGAAGGUGUGGGAGCAGGGUGUCAAGGGCGUUCCAUACAGACUCCGCGUACGCAUCUCCCGACGAAGAAACGACGAGGAGGGCGCCAAGGAGAAGCUGUACAGCUACGUCCAGGCCGUCAAUGUCAAGGAGCCCAAGGGCCUGCAGACGGUCGUUGUGGAGGAGUAA